AUGAUUAUUACUGGUGAUGAUGUUGAUGGAAUUGCAAGUUUGAAAUCAGAAUUGGCUUGUCGUUUUGAAAUGAAGGACUUGGGCACACUAUCUUAUUUUUUGGGGACCGAAGUUGCUUCUUCUCCUAGAGGUUAUCUUAUCUCUCAGUCCAAGUAUACUAUGGAUGUCAUUGAGCGUGCUCGUCUUAUUGAUAAUAAAUCUGCUGAUACUCUUCUUGAGUCCAAUGCUCGAUAUUCAUCCUCUGAUGGUGUACCCUUGACUGAUCUCACUUUGUAUCGCACUAUUGUUGGAUGUCUAGUUUAUCUUACCAUCACACGUCCUGAUAUUGCUUAUGCUAUUCACAUUGCCAGCGACCCCAUUGAUCGCAAGUCCACUACGAGUUUUUGUGUAUUUUUGGAUGAUUUACUUAUCUCUUGCAAAAGUAAGAAGCAGACUGUUGUUUCCCGCUCCUCUACAGAAGCAGAGUAUCAAGCUAUGGCAUCUACCACCACUGAGAUUGUGUGA